AAGGAUUUCUUAUUCCGGACGGAAUUCAAAAAGUAACUACAAAUGUCGGUGACAUAAUUGGCUUCACUGAUCAAGUUAGAUUUGCAGACCAGACUUUUCAGGUGAGAAAAUUCCUUGGAAUACCUUAUGCCGAGCCGCCGACUGGUCCUCUGCGAUUUGAAAAGCCAGUUAUGAAGGCAAAGUUGCAGACGCCAUUCAAUGCACAUAACUAUUCUCGGAAAUGUCCACAGCCGUAUUUGGAACAUGGCACCAUGUCGGAAGACUGCCUUUGCCUAAAUAUUUUUACACCUGGAGUUUCUAAUAUAAAUGUAGCACCGAAACCGGUAAUGAUAUGGAUUCAUGGAUGAGCGUUUUUUCUCGGAUACGCAGAUCUUUAUGAAGGCGACGUAAUAAGUGCUCUUGGUGACGUCAUCGUUGUAACAUUAAAUUACCGUCUUGGCGUGCUUGGUUUUUUCAGUACCCAUGACCCAAAGGCUAAAGGUAACUAUGGUUUAUGGGACCAACAUAUAGCUAUCCGCUGGGUGUACGAAUAUAUUGCUGCGUUUGGGGGUGACGUAACUAACAUCGCGAUAUUCGGAGAGUCAGCCGGUUCUAGCAGCGUUAUAUAUCAAAUGUUGUAUCCCGGUAAUAAAGGAUUAUUUAAAAGGGCAAUAGCUGAAAGCGGAACGAUAGCUGCUUGGGCAGUUUCUCACGGACAUUCAAAUUAUGAAUCGUCGAUAGAAUUUGCCAAAUCUGUCGGAUGCAAUAAUUUAGCUAAUAUGUCUGCAUGUUUGAAAGGUAAAUCAGAAGCCGACGUUAUCUCGGCUACCAUUAAGACAGAAAUUGGCAAAGUCGAAGAAGCAAACAGAACAUGGGUUCCUGUAUUUGAUGAUGACUUUGUGCUCGCAAAGACGCCCGAUAUAUUAUCUGAACUUCUUGACUCAAACAUGGGAUCAAAGUAUUCAAACUUUUGGGAGGUAGACCUUAUGAUUGGUGCUAACAAUUAUGAUGGUGUAGUGUAUCAAGACUUGACGAUGAUAUUACUAAAUAAUACAACACCUACAUCGAUCAAUUAUAAAGUAUCUGCUCAGCAAUUUGAUAAGGUUAUUGUUCCAAGAGCACUUGAAGCAUGGCUUGACGAAAUGCCUACAACUCUAGCUGUAGACCUAACUAUAAAUGAGUACAUGUCUUGGGACGAUCCAGCAAAUAGCACAAAGCGCUUGCAGAAUGCCAUCGAUAUUUGGACAGACUAUGCUCUAAACGCACCAAUAAUUCAAACCACAAAUGCGCAUUUGAAUAACAUCACAUCAACGUACGUUUACCAGUUCACGGCUUCACCUCCGAAACAUCUUUUACGGAUUGCACCGGAACUAGACGGCGAAAAUGUUGCCUGUCAUUCUGACGAAAUACUGUUCGUAUUUGGAUUUACAGAGACCAUACGGAAAUAUUUGAAUUUAUCAGAAGAAGAAGUUAAAAGCCACUACAAGCUGUCUAAAGAUGUUAUAACGAUGUGGACGAACUUUGCAAAGACGGGAAACCCUAACACUCCUAUGUCACUGAACACACUUGGUAGCAGAUCUUGGCCUGCGUAUGAUGUGCCUGGAGAGAAGUAUCUGGAGAUUUCUUCCAAGCUGACCGAGGUCAAACAACGUCUGCGAGCAGAGCAGGUAGUGUUCUGGAACAAUUUGCUGCCAGAAAUGCAGGCAUAUGCAAAUAGCAAAUCAUAAAUAUAUAAGAAACUUGCGUUUUAAAAGGUAGAACCGUUUGAAAUUGACUUUGUUUUAUGUGUCUUCCUAUCAAAAGAAAGAAAUUACGUAGUCUGCCAUAAUUACAAUGGUAAAUAAUAGAUAUUAUUUUAGUUUCUAAUGAUUUUAAACUCUCAUUAGUCGCCGGGAAGAACCGGCGACUAUAUUUGAUACGCUUUAGGAUUUUGCCACUGGUAUAGAGAAGUUAUUAAAAUGUGACAAUGAAAAAAUGAUAUUGUAAAUAAAAGAUAUAUAAGGCAGUUAUUGAAAUGCUUACAUAAAGGAAUUAGGAGCUGAGAACUGCAUAAGAUUUUUAUUAUUUCAAAAGAAAGCAUUUUUAGGAAAAUAGGAAAAAUGUAUUAAGAACUUAUUCCUAUGAAUAAAUUAACGACUGCUAGAGGUUUCCAGUGAACAAUGAUUGGCUGAGUCUUUACCUGUGUCUAGGUCACGCUGCGUAUAUUUAGAAUAUACUACUGCAGACGAAAAACAAAUCUACAUGAGCGCAUGUAAGACAUGGGAAGUAACACAGUGG